AUCGUACAAAUGAGACUUCCAGUUAUUUUGCUGUCAAAUUUUUGGAAAUAUAAUAAUAACUUGGCCGGCGUAAAUAAAAUAUCACCGUAUCACUCCACUAAUUUUUUAAUAUUCCGAAAAGUUUCUAGUGCUUCCGGAAUGGCUGAAGUUCACGGUUUAACAAAUUCUGAAGUGGAUGCAUUAUGCAAACCUGCAGAUGCUUCAACGAAGGAUUUCCUCUUUCAGCAAACCAUGUAUAGAAUAAAGGAUCCACGUAAAUCUUUACCUUUUUAUACUGGCGUUUUGGGUAUGACUUUAUUGCAAAAAUUAGAUUUUCCAGAAGCAAAAUUCUCGCUUUACUUUAUGGGUUAUGAAAAUCCUGCUGACAUACCGAAGGAUAAUGAUGAACGCAAACGUUGGGCUAUGAGUCGGAAAGCGACUGUUGAGUUGACACACAACUGGGGUACUGAAAACGAUCCCGAUCAAAGCUAUCAUACUGGCAAUUCAGAUCCCCGUGGAUUUGGUCACAUUGGCAUCAUGGUACCGGAUGUAUAUGCUGCUUGCAAACGUUUCGAAGAACAAGGGGUUGAUUUCAUUAAGAAACCUAAUGAAGGACGUAUGCAUGGCUUAGCCUUUAUUAAAGACCCUGAUGGAUAUUGGAUUGAGAUUUUCAACGCAAAUAAUGUGUGUUAACCAAUAGGAAUGUAAACUUAUUUUGUGGGAACACGUAUUGUCGAAACUAUCAUAUUGUUCUGAAAAUAUCUUAUAAUUAGUAGCUGCAUGUGCAUUGAUUAUAGUAGUAUGAAUCUAAUCAAAACUUUGGAAAAGCUUUAAUAAUUCUGAAUUUAAUUUUUAACAAAAAUUUUAUAAAAUUAUUUUAUUAACUUUGUUAUAUAAUAUAAAUGUAUUUUGUAAACU